CUGCAGCUUUAUUUAUUAACUUAGAAUUUAGUUUACCAAUUCGUAACGAAUUACAAGAACUGUGUAGUGUUAAGUACCUGUAGUAACGAAUUUUUCGGGAAAGUUGUCAGGUUCUAGCAAAUAGAUCCCGAUCAAAAACCAGUGUCCCCGGUCAAGGGUGACCAUCAACCCAUAAACCGAACAGCUUACUAAUUUUUAUUUAAACAAAAAAUCUGUGAUCUUAGCUCAUCGGUUUUCAUCGCAAAUAUAAUUUUAACUGUUGAUUUCAAUUAAAUAUAAAUGUUUCGUAACUUUGGAGUUGGUCUGAUCUGAAAAUUCACUGGUAGAGGAUCAUCAGCAAAAAGCUACCAUUCUGGAAAAGAAAAACUAUAAUAAUGAUGGAAGUAGACCAGCCGAUUACGAACGGAAACGGACUAGCCACAAAGCUACCGGAAGCUGAUGCUGUACAAAGUAUCAAACAAAACGGAGCAGUAGGAACACCACAGCCACAGUCGGCAACUCUAGCGGAAGAAGAUGUGGUUAUGGACAUAGAUGAAACCCUGGUCGAAUCGUCCUCGGUUUCGACCCUAGCCGGAAAGGGUCUCGAGGACGAGGAAAACAUGGAACGGUUGAUGCUGAGCGAAACGGAUGACAACGAUGAAGAGCUACUCGACAACACCAUCAGCUCCGGCACCGAACUAGUUCAGACCAUAUCGGAUACGUUGAUCGAGGAUAUCAUUCAGCUCAACAAAGAUUCUCAUCGCGCCGAAGAGGAGAAGCAGGAAGAGGAGCAGGGAAAACAAGAAGCUGCCAACGAAGUGGUAACGCUAGACACACUCAUCGAUGACGAGCUAGACGAGAAGCUGCUCCUGGAAGGAGACGACGAUGACGAUGCCGUCGAGAUUGGAGUGGAAGUGGACGAGAGCGAACUUCUUGCCGAAACGUUACCUUCUGUCGAGCUUGAGAAGCUAAUGAAGGAAGAUGAACCAGUCACUGUCGUUGAUAACAGUAUUGUAGUGAAGGUACCGGAAGCAGAUGCUACGAUUCAAGAUCUGACUGACAGUUCGACAGUCGUGGAUGAUGAAGCGGGACUUAGUAUUCUGAACACGGCUGCGGUAGAUAUGACUUCCGUGGAUGAGACAGAAUUGGAUGAACCGAUGGAAGACGAAGAUGCCGCACAGAAGGAUACACCUGUCUUGGAAGAUCUAAUGGCGGAAAUAGAAAACGGGGAAUCAAACCCGGUGGAGCUCGAAACAGAUCCUGCUGCACCCGAACAAUCAGAAGUUCUGCUCGAAAAAGAAGAGCACAUGGUCAGGUCUGAAGCACCAUCGCCGGAUUUAGAAGAUUUAAUAAAGUUUUCAGAUACCGUUGUCGAAGUCGAUGAAAAGGAAACCUUACCAGAGCCAGCUAGAGUCGAAUCUGAAACACCUGCCAUUGUUGACCUUCCUGAGGAAACUAGAAUCGAAUCUGAAACACCUGUAAUUGCUGAACUUCCUGAGGAAAGCGUAUCAAAUGAAAGUUUCACGGCAGCAGAAAAAUCUUCUUGUCAGCCAGAAGCUUCACCGGAAAUAUCUGACCUAAUCAAAUUUACCAGCAUUCUUGAACCCCAACCGUCAGAACCGUCAGAACCGGAAGCUAAUCCAGAGCUACCCAGUGAAGUUGAAAGUGAAAGCUCUGAAGCUGAGAAGGAUAAUUCAGAACAAGUUACUGAAAACACGAAAGUAAGGCAAUCGGAAAAUGAAUCAUCAGAAACUAAGGAUACCCUCAAGGAUCAGCCAGUCAUUGAUGCUGAACCCAAAGAAAGUCCAAAAGAGGAUGUUCAGUCGGAAGAAACACCCGUUGAAGAAACUGAUAAAGCAGAGGAAACGGUAAUCGAAAGCGUUUCUAAGGAAAACGUUGAAAAGGAUUGUGCUGCAAUAGAAUCGGAGCUUUCGGAUUUGAUACGUUUUUCGGAACCGCUUAAGAAAAGUGAGGAAGACGAGAAAUCGGAAGCUAGUUCCGAGACCAAAACCGAUAAAACAGAUGACGAUAAAUUAGAACCAAUUGAGGAAAAAGUCGAGGAAAAAACUGAUAAAUCGGAAACAGUUGAGGAAAAGGCCGAGGAAGAUACUGAAACGAAAGACAGCGAAGAAGAUGCGCAAACAUCGAAGAUCACCUGUCCCCAAGCUUUGCAGGCGGCCGACGAGGAAGAUCUAUUGGAGAUGAUGGAAGAACCGGAUCGUGCCGAACAGGAUGACGAUCAACACGAAGAAGAUGGCGAUGAUCAUAGCAGCGAAUCGGGAAGCGCAAAACCGGAGACUGCCCAAGGUGAUGGUGAAGAUGAUGAUUUUGACGAGGAAGCCGAAUCGGAUUAUAUGGCAGUGGACGAUGAAGAGGCCAGUAGAAACGCGGAAGACGCGGAGGAAGGAACCGAAGCCGAACAAAAGGAUGACGAAGAGGCUGACGGAGAACCACCAAGCAAGCGUAGAUGCUCGGUCGAUGUUAGGAGCCCUCAGGAAAAGGUUAACGAAAGCCUGAUGGAAGCUGUUGAAAAGGAGGUGUCAGAAAAAGAAGUUAUCGCAGAGGAGACUAAUGAAGAGGUUGCCCCGAAAGAUGAGAAGCUGGCCGAAAAAGAAGAAUCGACUAGUGAAAAGGAAGCUACUAAGGAGAAAAAGUUGGAAGCUAUGGAUGUUUCAGAGGAUACACCUGAUGUUGCAGAACCGAAGUCAGAAAGUGAACCUGAGCUGGAAGAAAAGUCGGAAGGAGUUCCUGAAGCAUCUGUUGAGGUCGCCAAAAAGACAAGUGAAUCAGUCGAAAAAAGUGAAACACAAGAAGAGACUAAAGUGACUGAGGAGUCUCUGAAGGUAGCAAAAACGGAAUCUGAAGAAACUGUUGAAGAAAAAUCAGAAGAAGUAACGAAAGAAGUUUCAACGGAAGCAGCAGAAUCAUCAUUAACAGAGGCAACAACAAAAUCGUCGGAAGAAGUUCCAAAAACAACGGAAAAAUCCGAAAAAGACGACUGUGUUGAAAUUGAUGGUGCCGAAUCUGUUGAAGUAAAUAAAGAAAAAAUUGCUAGUUCAGGAGAAGCUCCUGCCACAGAGAAGGCAAAAGCGGAAUCAAAGCCGGAAGAACCCAAAAAGGACACCGAAGAAGACACGAAAAAAACGAAAGACACAGACGCACAGGAUGAAAUUUUAGUUAUCGACGAUGAUGACGACGUGCCCGAGAAAAAAGCGGAGAAGAAAGAAGCCGGUGUCAAACGGCCUUGCCCAUCGGAUGAAGAUGCCAACGAAGAUUCCGCGAAAAAGGUUCGUCUAUCAGAUAAAAAAGAGGAAGACAAACCGGGUAAGGAACCUGGCAAAUCAGCGCUAGAAUCAAUCGAACCCAUCAAAAUUGAUCUAGACCCGGAGCCGAAAAUGUUAAAGGAACUGAAACCUGUUCGAUUAGAUUUCCUGAAAAAAUUCAAAAAGCCAUUGGAGAAGAUGAAUCGCUCUGACUUGGAGGAGUUUGUUUUGCAGAAAAUAGUGGAAGGGAUUGCUUUUAAGUCGACUAUUGCGGAUAUGCGUAAUCAGCUGGAGGCGCAUGAUACAUUACUUCAGGGCUAUCGCCAAAAGGUGCAUGAUUUGAAUAAACAAUUCAAAGAUUUGGAGAUGGUCCACGAGCGUGUGGUGAAAGAUUUGGAAAAGAGGAACCAGCACUUUAUAACACCGGUUAAGAUUACUCGUGCUGUUGGUUUGCAAGUUUCUCAGCCGAGAUUUGGCGCCAACAAUCGACAAUCGGGUGUUAAUACGAAUUCGCCUGCCACAAAUUCCCCCAAGACACAAACAAGUAGGUCCCAGCCGGCAACUCCUACUCAAACGGGACCAUCUCCUACUAAAGCAUCUCCUCAAAACUCAAUCCAAGUUAGGAAACCUCAGUUCAGCAGGACAACGGCUGCGAACAAAUCCAAUAUCAAUCAAUCUGCUAUUUCGCGCACGGGUGCUACUGUCAAUUCCAUCAAUAGGAUAAUUCCUUCUGGAACGGCAACCACACCAGUGAACAAAAGCAUCACUCCACUACAAUCGCCGGUGUCUACACCGCAACAACAAAAUUCACCCGCACAAAACGCUCAACAGCAAUUACCACAAGCAACUUCAGCGAAUAUUGUCCGAAAGAAACCAAUUCAAAAGUUUACUCCUAUGCGUCCGCCCCUCUCGUUAACCCAACAGGUGCAACAGCAACAGCAAACUCGACAGAUGCAAGAACAACUUUUGAGGCAACAGAUUCAGGAAUCACAAAACCCUGGAAGCGCUCCGGGAAGCCAACCUCAAAGUCCCCUAACGCAAUCACCUCAAGGUUCUCCCUUGACAAGAACUCCAGAACCGGCAUCAUCUCCAAUAGGAAACGCUUCUGGUCGCGUACCUCCCAUUGUUGUUAAAAAAGUUGGACCUCCGAAUGCCAUGCAGAUCGUCAAUCGGCCAACUCCUAGUUCUAUUCCUCCUGCCUCUACACCUCAACGUCCAAAUCAGCCAACGAGUACUGCCUCCAGUCCGGCUGUCGAUAACUCUCUGAUCGAUUUGACCGACGAAGACGAUGGCCCCAAACCAAGUCCGGUACAACAGCCAACACAAGUACAGGCUAACGUUGUUCCCAAACCACCGAUUACUCUUUUGAACGGACAAACUCAUCUUCAACAUCAGUAUGGUCAGCAACGACAGCAGCAACAGCAGCAGCAAGGUAACCUACCACCUUUGGUUGUUAUCAACCAGCAGAGGUUGGUGGCCAGACCUCCGCUACAACAGCGGCCAACAGCAGCUAAUAGUUCAACUACUGCAGCUCGACCGAUGCUCAUUCAGCGCCCAGGUGUUACCAACGGUUUGCAGCGCGGCAUGGUUCCAGGACAAAUGCAGCAACAGCAGCAGGUGUUCAAAGCGCGUAUGGCAAACGGACAAAUUGUUCGAGCGCAACUGCAGCAGCGAACUACGAUCACCUACCGGCAUCCGGCACCGUUACCCCAGGCGGCACCACAGGCUGUUAAUCCGGGCUGGAAGCAAGCCCCUCCUCGACCUUCCAUACGUAUUAACAACAUCGAAACGGGUAUCGUCAUCUCCUGGACGAUGGAUGAUCUCUCCGAAAGCCAUGCGACCAUCGUUAGCUACCAGAUAUAUGCGUACCAGGAAACGUCCGCUGCGCCGGCAGUCGACAUGUGGCGCCACGUGGGUGACGUCAAAGCGAUGCUGCUCCCGAUGGCCGUCACCCUGACACAGUUCCAGGAAGGUCAACGGUAUCAUUUCGCGGUGCGGGCUGUCGAUGAGCAUCAGCGCAUUGGCCAGUUCAGCCCUCCGCGGACCUGGAACGAGACAGCCCCGGGCAAAGCCUAAGUUGGGUAGAUUUUAUCCAUGAAUAUUUCUAUUGAAUAAGGUCUCUUUUUAAUAGAGUGUACACUUCUGUAUGUCCCGGCGUGUCUAGAGCAAGAUUUUACCUAUAUAGCAGAAUAGGACAGAAAAUGAUAAUUAUGAUAUAAAAUACAUCUAAACAGAUUUAAGAAUCAUUUGCUUUAUGGGUGUGUUCUAUCAGCAAAAUUCUAUAUAAACUAAAAAAAAUAAACAAACUAACAAAUAUAGGCCCAUUUGGAGAGGUCAGUCUAAAAGUAAGUAAAAAAACAAACAAGAGAGUUCAUCUCGCCGGUCCGAAGGUACAGUGGAACGUGUUUCCCGAACACUUUUACACAGUAACUGAUCGUAUAUAUUCCAGGUACCUUAUGGUAAAACUGUCGACGCUCGUAAAAUACUGUCAUUAGCAAAAAAUUGAAAUAGAAGUGUUGUACUACCUAGUUAGGCUUACGAUAAGUUAUGCUUUUAGAGAGAUAAGUGGCGUUUAGUAAUAAAUUAUGAUUCAAUUUGA